AUGGGAGGCACUCACAACCGCGAGGAUCUAAUUUCAGACUCAGACGAGGAGGAUUAUGAAGAAGAAAACGGAGAAGAAGAAGAUUACCAAGAUUCCAAAGACGAGACUCCAGAAAGAUCUUCCUCAGAUCGAAUACCCAAAACGCCAUCCUCUAUCGAUGAAGUGGAGACUAAGCUCAAAGCCCUCAAGCUCAAAUACGGAUCGACCAAAGCCCAAAAUCCAUCUUUUAGAAACGUCGUUAAGUUGUACCUUCACAUCGACAGUAACACCCCUAAAGCCAAAUGGGUCACUUCCGAGAAGCUCACCUCUUCCUCUUUUAUCAAGACGUCGAAAAUCAAAGGUCGAGACGGAGAGAAAGUUGAUGAAGAGAGUGAAAACGAGGAGGAAAAUGGGGAAGCUUGGUGGGUUUUGAAGAUUGUUAACAAAAUUAAAGUUAAGGUCGGGGUGGAAAUGCAGUUGAAGAGUUUUGGAGAUCAACGUAGGGUUGAUUUCGUUACCAAGGAGGUUUGUGUUGCAAAUUCAAAGCAACUUUCGGUGGGUUGCUGGCAAAAGAAGCUUUCGGUGCAAUGGUCAAAAGUUGCAACUAAUUUGUUGAAAAAUGUUUGGGCUAGAAAGUUUUUUAGUGAUGAAAAGUAUAGGAGCUUUGUUAGCAAGUUUAAUGACUGUUUGUUUGAGAAUACUUGUGCGAUCGAGUCCAAUGAUGCUAACAGGGUUAAGGUUUACGGGAAGGAUUUUAUUGGAUGGGCCAAGCCUGAAGCAGCCGAUGAUUCUAUUUGGGAAGAUGCUGAGGAUGUAUCGUUCAACAGCCCUCAAUCAGUGAGGGCAAAUCAGGACCUCGGGGAGGAGUUCGAGGAGGCGGCAAACGGAGGGAUUCAAAGCUUGGCCUUGGGGGCAUUGGAUAAUAGUUUUUUGGUUGGUGAUUCUGGUAUUCAAGUUGUUAAGAAUUUUGCUCAUGGGAUUCAUGGUAAAGGUGUUUACGUAAAUUUUGACCAUGGGAAUCAGAAGAGUGCUUCAAAGUUGGUGCAUUCAACACCGAAAAGGGCUCUUCUUAUGAAAGCUGAGACGAAUAUGCUGCUCAUGAGUCCAACGACCGAGGGGAAGCCUCACACAACAGGGCUUCAUCAGCUGGAUAUCGAGACUGGGACGAUAGUUACGGAGUGGAAGUUUGGGAAAGAUGGAACUGAUGUUGGACCCAUCAGGAGCCACAUUGUUAGGAUUGGAUGA